CUGUGCUUAAUGGAUUAACUCAUUUUUAUGAAUGUCUUUUAUUCUUUCUGUAUAGAAGAUGUUGGUGCUUUUUAAUGUAACAAAAUGAUUUAUUAUCAUUAGUGUCAAAGGUUUAAACUUAGUGAAAUACUAUACAUAGCUUCUCUGCUUAAAAAUGGCCACUACGGAUGUUGUUAACCGAACGAUGGAAAACAAAACUCUAGAUUACCAUGACAACUAUGAGGCUUAUUUCAUUGCAGAAAACGUUCAGAAAUAUUCAAAACCUAUUAUUUGCCUUUGCGGAUUCAUUGGCAAUUUUCUCUCCGCCGUAAUAUUUCUUGGAAAAUCCCAACGGAAAACGUCAUGUUGUUUAUAUCUAUGUGCUCGAUCGUUAUCAGAUACUGGAUUCUUGAUUUCACUGUUUUUCAUUUGGUUAGGUGAUAUGAAGGUUAAUGCUUUUAAAGCUCCAGGAAUGUGCCAACUCAUCGUAUUUUUGUCGUAUGUAUGUUCAUUUCUUUCAGUGUGGUUUAUUGUGAUUGUGACGUUUGAGAAUUACAUACGAAUAUGUUUACCGUUUCGAGUUAGUAUCUACUGCACAACGAGAAAAGCAAAUGUGAUAACAUUACUCUUUAUCGUGCUAUCUGUUUUAUUAUACAGCUUUACAAUAUGGACAACGGCUGCAAAGAUUACCGACACAGGAAUGUCGAUGUGUGAACCAUUUACAGAAUACGUCGACCUCUUUCAGUAUUUCCUUUACGUAGACAUGGUUAUAACACUUGUUCUUCCUACACUUAUUACCAUAACGUUGAUGUUACCAAUCACCUUUAGUCUGGUAGAAGCAUUGCGACGACAGGCGAGACUGACUGGAAAGUCAUCUUCAACAACCAAUGACCGACGACAUACAAAUCCGCAAAGUAAAGUAACAAAACUUUUAUUUUGUGUGUCUCUAGCCUUUAUAAUCUUAAGUCUUCCAAGUCAUAUAAUACGUUUACAACUUACAAUAUCGACUUUUGUGGAACAAAUAACCACUCCCAUUGAUACGGUUACCUCAACAUUGAAAUAUAUCUUUGAAUCAGUAUAUUACCUUAGCUUUUCUAUCAACAUUUUUAUUUAUCUUUCAUUCGGUGAUAAAUUUAGAAGUGACUUUAAGGCAAUGUUUUGUUUGAAUACAGUAGCAGGAAGGGAACAAUCGACGCAAACAAUUCUAACUCAAAAUAUCGCAAGGAGGAUCAACAGGGAGGAAUCUCAUACAUUAUUAGGAAAGGAAGAAUGUGAAACAGAUGUUUGAUUUCUGGUCAGUUGUUAAUUGAUGUCUUGUAAAAACAACCCCAGAUUUAGAAAAAUAGUUCACCAAAGGAUUGUCAAUUUUCGGAAAACACAAGACAGCCUGUCAACUUAAAAAAAUUGGAUUCUAUUUUGAUAUCGAAAUUAUUGGAUGCACAUUUUCCGAAAACAAACUUACCCCAAUAGAAUACAAGUUUAUAUUCAUCUAAAUAUGAAAUAUCAUGGAAAGAACGUCCAAAUCAAACGCAUUGAGAAUCUCCUGCCAAUAACAUUUUACUUGGUUGAUAGCAUUUGAUUUUGUCAGUUUUUAUGCUUUUUGCGUUUUGAAGUUGUCGAACAGUCCAGUAUAUUUGUUAUACUUUUGAAUUGAACUAGA